AUGCCGCGUACUAAAAAACCCAAGUUAAUAAUUAGAAGCAGAGAUAUAGAAAAAAAGACUCCUUCCAUCUCUACUAAACGAAGAGAGUCAAAGUCAAAGAAAAGGGAUGUUAUCUUGAAAGAAAUUCUUGAAGACACUAUCCAAGACAGUGAAGUCUGGUUUAAAGUGAUAUGCGAUGACGCAAAUACUCCCGUUCGAUGGGUAAAAGGACUGGAUUUACCUGCCGAGUGUGUCUAUAAAAUAGAUGAAUAUAUGGAGAAGAAAAAGGCAAAAAUUUUUCAUAAUAAGAAAAAGCGUCCACAUAUUCAUCCAUAUAUGUUACGCUCAGGCAAACCUACUCCUCCAGAUCCGGAAAGGAUAGAUCGUACAAAGCAACUGAUAAUUAACAGCCUGCUCUCUUUACAAUCAACAUCUACAUCAGACCGUAACUGGCCUCAAAAAGCAUCCGAUAAACAGAAUGAGAAUGUACUCGGAUGGGAUUCACUUGAUUCUAAAGUCGAUGACGAUUUACCUGGACAGGGUUUAGAAGUCGACUUACUCAACAAUAGUAACCAAUCAAAAGCUUCUCAUCCAAAAUCCAAUGUGUCUAAUCUUGAAGUCGAUGACGGCUUGCCCGACUGGAGUGCAGAAGUAGUUGAUGAUGAUUUGCCUGGCUGGAAUAACAACCAAGAUAACCAAGAAAUGUCACCAGAAAAUGAAAUCAGAGAGGAAUGA